CUCAGCCUCCUCCAGUCUCCCUCAGUAGUCCCCCUCAGGCCCCUCGGCCCCGGCCCCCGGCCAGAUGAUGAACUUCCUGAGGCGCCGGCUGUCGGACAGCAGCUUCAUCGCCAACCUGCCCAACGGCUACAUGACCGACCUGCAGCGGCCCGAGCCGCAGCCCGCGCCGCCUUCGGCGCAGCCCAGCCCGACUCCGGCGCCCGCGAGCGGCGGUGGCUUCUUCAGCUCGCUGUCCCAGGCGGUGAAGCAGACGGCCGCCUCGGCGGGGCUGGUGGACGCGCCCGCGCCUGCGCCCGCGCGUAGGGCCAAGGUGCUGCUGGUGGUGGAUGCGCCGCACGCCGACUGGGCCAAGUGCUUUCGGGGCAAGAAAGUCCUUGGAGAUUAUGAUAUUAAAGUGGAACAGGCGGAAUUUUCAGAGCUUAACCUGGUGGCCCAUGCAGACGGGACCUAUGCUGUGGAUAUGCAGCUGCUUCGGAAUGGCACAAAAGUUGUCCGGUCCUUCCGCCCAGACUUUGUGCUCAUCCGGCAGCAUGCAUUUGGCAUGGCAGAGAACGAGGAUUUCCGCCACCUGAUCAUUGGCAUGCAGUAUGCAGGUCUCCCCAGUAUCAACUCCCUGGAAUCCAUUUACAACUUCUGUGACAAGCCUUGGGUGUUUGCCCAGAUGGUGGCUAUGUACAAGACAUUGGGAGGAGAAAAGUUCCCACUCAUUGAGCAGACGUACUACCCCAACCAUAAAGAGAUGCUGACACUGCCCACAUUCCCUGUGGUGGUGAAGAUUGGCCACGCUCACUCGGGUAUGGGCAAGGUCAAAGUGGAAAAUCACUAUGACUUCCAGGACAUUGCUAGUGUGGUAGCCCUCACCCAGACCUAUGCCACAGCAGAGCCCUUCAUUGAUGCUAAGUAUGACAUUAGAGUCCAGAAGAUUGGCAACAACUACAAGGCUUACAUGAGGACAUCGAUCUCAGGGAACUGGAAGACGAACACUGGCUCUGCAAUGCUAGAGCAGAUUGCCAUGUCAGACAGGUACAAGCUGUGGGUAGACACGUGCUCUGAGAUGUUUGGUGGCCUUGACAUCUGUGCUGUUAAAGCUGUACAUGGCAAAGAUGGGAAAGACUACAUUUUUGAGGUCAUGGACUGUAGCAUGCCACUGAUUGGAGAACAUCAAGCAGAGGACAGACAGCUCAUCACCGAGCUGGUCAUCAGCAAGAUGAACCAGUUGCUGUCUAGGACUCCAGUCCUGUCACCUCAGAGACCAUUGACCACCCAGCAGCCACAGAGUGGAACACUCAAGGACCCGGACUCAAGCAAGACCCCACCUCAGCGGCCACCCCCCCAAGGGGGCCCUGGGCAACCCCAAGGAAUGCAGCCCCCAGGCAAGGUGCUGCCUCCACGCCGGCUCCCCCCAGGACCAUCAGUGCCACCUUCCUCUUCCUCCUCUCCUUCUGCCUCCUCGGCUCCUCAGCGGCUGGGCGGCCCCACCGCCACCCACGAUGAUGCAUCCUCCAGCAGCAGCUCACUGGCAGAGGCCCAGCCACCCCCGGCCGCGCCUCUGCAGAAGCCCCAGCCUCACCCACAGCUCAACAAGUCGCAGUCCCUGACAAAUGCCUUCAGCUUCUCUGAGUCUUCCUUCUUCCGGUCUUCAGCCAAUGAGGAUGAAGCCAAAGCAGAGACCAUCCGGAACUUGAGGAAGUCCUUUGUCAGCCUCUUUUCUGAUUAGCACUUCAGAUAUUUGGGGCACCCAACCCAGCGAGGAAAGGCAUCCAAGACAGUUACCAAUAGCAAUCAGCCAUGCUUGGUGGCUAUGUCCCCAACUUUGACGUGUGUGGCCCCUUUCUCUGCUCCGUUGUGCUCAGUGAUGUUGUGCAGCCUAGAAAGGACCAUGUCUGUGACAGUCUCAGGGCAAAUGCCUCCCCAGAGAGGUACCUGACAUCAGAGAGGAAAGAGCUUCUUCCCUGUAGUCAUGAGAGCUCCUUCUGAAGUCGCCGUUGCUGUGAGUUUAGUGGCCUUAUUGUGACAGCCGUCAUGUCUUAUUCUUCCCAUGAAGCCAGGAUCACUUGCACCAGAGACCCCUGGCAGCCUGACCUUGCUCUAACACAGUGUUCUCAGCAUGCCCCCCAUAGUCAGUGCUACCUGUGUGGAAGAUGUACUCUCCUGGACACCCCGUUGUUGGCUUGAGGAUGUUGGAACGUUCCCAAACCUGGAUCUCAAGCACACUCACCCAGCUCGAUGGUCUCUCAGCCACUGUGGAGAUGGAGCACCUGGAGGCAGCUGAUUCUCCUGAGAACAGUGGUCUGCAGGGUCCCCUUCCUCUUCUCUGGAGCAUGGUUCCUUUGUGCGAGCUGCAGGAACUUGAACUCCAAGCUAUGCUGUAGAGGAGAAUGCAUGCCGCUAAAACAACCAUAUGCCGAUUUGAUGUUCAUCACCUAAUAAACGUCAAGACCUUUGGUGUAAUAAAAGCAGCCACAUUAACCAGCAUUCGAUUCAGCCAUGAGGUCUCCCCUGUUGCCUUUUAGGCUGAGAGUAUCUAUGAGGUGU